AUGACGCGUCGGAUGGCCAAGUGUUCGUCGGAAGGAGCCCGAGACGGCGGCAGUUCGUUGGAGCGAAUCGCACGUUCCAUGUCCUACGACGCUCGGCGAGCCAAACGGAGUCGGCUGACGCGCGCGCGACCCGUUCUCGGCGACAGCGACCGACAGUCCAGUCGCCACACGGCCUUCCAAGGUCUGCUCAACCACGGCGGCCACGACGCAGCGAAGGCGUUGCUGACGGAGUCGUGGAAUGCCCCUUCGUGGGCUACGACCACUUCUACCAUUUUCCCACUUCCCUAUCUAACUAAAUGACUCUGAAAGUGCAAAGUUAUCCGACUCCUUCAAUAAGCUUUUCUUAACCUCUUGUUAUAUAAAUAUAUCAGCAAUCUCUUACCCUAGUCUGGAGGGAUCAAACAUCUCAAAAUAUGCUCGCCUGAGCGCGUUUCCUCCACUCGAAUAAGAAAUCAGUUUUUUAAUCUCUAAAACUGUGUUCUUUAUUUUCAAAACAGCUAAUUUUUACUUCGAAAACUUUUUAAGAAUGUCCGUUUUCCUUUUCAGAAAAGUUUGAGAUAUAUGUUAAAAACGUUUUGUUGAUCAGUUAUUCUGGGAUUUGUAAAAUUUUCUGGAAAACGGUUUUAAUUAUAACAAAACAGGUGAGCAUAAGACAUCAAACUGCAAAAAUUUAUUUCAUUUUCAACUUUAUUCGAACUGAUCAUUUUUAUUAUUUCAGGCAACACCCUCUCGAGCUCUCUUUCAACGAUACCACUCUGUAGCGGGUGAGAAAUUUCGCUUUGUUCGAUUUGUAAUUAUAUGUGAGAUUUUAGGGCCGUUCAUGGCAGGACUCUCGUCAAAGGACACACCGUUUCCAACUGCACUCCGAGAUUCGGGUUAGUUUCCCUGAUUUUCUUGAUAUUUGACCUUAUCAAUAUCAAAGUUAUGACGAAGUUUUAAGAGGGGAUUCAGUAAUUUGUUUUUGAAGCUGAUCAAUAAAAAUUUGCUGAAAAAAAAUAAAUAGUUCAAGGACAUUUGAGGGUGGAUAAUAAAACUGGCGACUUUCUGUCCUUUCAGCGGGGUUGAUUUCCCAAAAAUUAGUGUAAAAAAAGCCGUGAUUGUUAUAAAAUAAAUACUCUUGACACGAAUCUACAGUAAGAUGAGUUUUUUGUGUCUAGACUUUCGAGUUUUAUCUUUUCUAUCUAAAUCUGCAGAAUUUCUUAGCAACUCGAGCUCUCUGAACAUUAUGAACAUGAAAUGA